AUGCGGUUCCUUUGUUUACACGGCGCCGGCACAAGCGGGGAAAUCUUUGAGAUCCAAUCUGGAGGACUAAGCCACCCCCUAAGCGACAAGGGCCACCAAUUCGAAUAUGUUGAUGGACGGGUCCAAGCGCCCGUAGAGCCGGAACUGGCGGGAAUAUGCGACGGGCCGUUUUACAACCACUACCGACGCGACGCCGCGCCAGGCCCAGAACUCAAGCAAGCAAUGGACCACGUCCUGCAGAUCAUCGAAAAGAAGGGCCCCUUUGACGCGGUCAUGGGCUUCUCGCAGGGCGCGGCGCUGGCGUUCUCGAUGCUCGUCGAACACGCCAAGACGCACCCGACGCCGCUGUUCAAGGCCGCCGUGUUUAUCUGCGCGGCGCCGCCGUUCGAGAGCUCCGGGCAGGAGGUCAUCAGCUUGCAGCCAGGGGAGAAGUAUGCGCUGAGCAUCCCGACGGCGAAUAUUGUCGGGAAGCAGGAUUAUUUGUACGAGUCGAGUAUGCAGCUGUAUAGUCUGUGUGAUCCGGCCAAGGCGGAGUUUUAUGAUCAUGGGUCGAGGCACAUGAUUCCGUUCGAUAUGAAGAAUAAUGAGGCAAUGAUUGCGGCGAUUGAGAGGACGAUUGAACGGGCGGAGAAGGGCGAGUAA